AUGAGUCGGUUGUACACGACAUACUACCCAUAUAAAGGAGAUGAUGUAAUAAAUAGAAGCGGAAAUAUCGAAACGAUAGUCAUAGGAACAAUGAUAUUGGAAAGGUUGUAUCAGGAACCAGAGUUGCAACAACUGGCUCAGCUAUCGCCACCACAUACAACAGUGCAAUUGCUCCCACUCAAACGACGUAAUUGCACGAUAAACGAAUGCUGCCGCGCAAUAACGUAUGGCACACACAUGACCUUGUCAUGGAACGUUAAUAUAUCUGCGACCUAA